CCUGAGAGGGAGACCCAGGACCAGACACCCUUCACCCACGGGUGCCGAGCUUGGUGAGACUGAGGCAGGAGGAGGCCGCGCCCAUGGGGUCUCAGCAACCGCCGCUGGCUGCCCUGUCCCUGCUGGGGGUGCUGGUCGCUUCCUGCCUAGGACGGUCCAGCUUGGAGAAGUCAGAUCCCCCGGUGAGACUGACAGGCUCCAGCUCGCACUGCCAGGGCCAGCUGGAGGCCUUAAGGAGCGACGGAAUGUGGCACACGGUGUCUAGCUGGAGCUGGAGGCUGAGCCCGAACCGCCUCGGGGACCCCAAGCAGGCCUCCCGUCUCUGCCAGCGGCUGUCCUGCAGCGAGCCCUUGGCCUUGGCCCACUUCCCUGACUUCAACAGUCCCAAGAACCAGAUCACCUGCUACGGAUACGUGGGAUCUUUCUCCAACUGCAGCUUCAGCGUGGCAAACCAGAGAGACCCUCUGGGCCUCAUCUGCCUGGAGCCGCCCAGGACGACACCUCCUCCCACAACCACCCCACCCACAACCACACCGGAGCCCACAGCCCCUCCCAGGCUGCGGCUGGUGGCAGGGCCCAGGGGCCUGCGGUGUGCUGGCAUCGUGGAGUUCUACUGGGGCAGCCAGGGCGGGGCCAUCAGCUACGAGGCACACGACAGGUCCCGGAACCUGGAGGACCGUAUCUGUGAGGCCCUCCAGUGCGGCUCCUUCCUGAAGCAUCUGCCAAAGGAGGAGACAGCCAGGGUCCGAGACCCUUGGGAGAGCAGGCCCUUGCCCAUCCGAUGGGAGAUCCACAACGCCAGCUGUGCCCCCCUGGAGCAGUGCUUCAGAAAAGUCCAGCCCCGCGAGGACAGCCAAGCUCUGGCCAUCGUCUGUUCCGAUUUCCAGCCCAAGGUGCAGAGCCGCCUGGUGGGGCGCAGCGGCCUGUGUGAGGGGUCCGUGGAGGUGCGCCAGGGCAAGCAGUGGGGCGUCCUGUGCCACAGCUCCCAGAACAAGGGCAUGGCCCGGUGGGAGGAGGUGUGCCGGGAGCAGCAGUGCGGCAGCGUCACCUACUACCGGGUGCUGGACGCCACGGAGACCUCCCGAGGGCUCUUCUGUUCCCAGGAGAAGCUGUCCCAAUGCCAUCAGCUUCAGGAGAAAAAAACCUUCUGCAAGAAGGUGUUUGUCGCAUGCCAUGACCCAAACCCAGCAGGCCUGGGCGCGGGCACCGUGAUGAGCAUCAUCCUGGCCCUUGUGCUCCUGGCUGUGCUUCUGGUCGUGUGCGGCCCUCAUGCCUACCGAAAACUGGUGAAGAAAUUCCGCCAGAAGAAGCAGCGCCAGUGGAUUGGCCCGACAGGAAUGAACCAGAACAUGUCUUUCCAUCGCAACCACACGGCCACCGUCCGGUCCCAGGUUGAGAACCCCACAGUCUCACACGUGGAGAACGAAUACAGUCAGCCUCCUAGGAACUCCCACGUCUCUGCCUGCUCAGCUCUGGAAGGGGCCUUUCGUCGUGUUUCCACCCAGCCUGACAACUCCUCCGACAGUGACUAUGAUUUGCACGGGGCUCAGAGGCUGUGAAAGAACCAGGCACUGGGCACAGAGCAGCAAGAGCCAGACCUGAGGACACUCGAAUUCGCCGCUUGGAAAUAAUUUCUGCCCCACCCAGAAAAGGACCAAGGCCACGGUGCCUUCGGACGUAUCCUACGUCCCUGCUGCUGAAUGCCGCGGGAGCCUGGCCCAGCGAGGACCCCCUAGACAGUUCGGCUGUGCCUCUGAGUGUGAGGGCGGUGAAAGUCAGGGCCCAGAAGCCAGGAGCGCCCCCAGCAGACACGUGGGGAGCAGCGUUGAGGGGAAUCAGCUCUCUCCUCAGACUCUGACCGCAGUGAUGACCAACGAGGAAGCUCCUGUCUGGGGUGGGGGUGGGGCUCAGGUCUCUAGCGGAUUUUUAAUAUGUUCUUUGUAAAUAACAGCUUUUCUACUCCCAGAGAAUUAGAGGGCCUCGCCUCCUCUGUCUAGGGUCCGGCCCCUGGACCCUUCUGGGAACAUCGGUGAAGCUGUUGUGGUCAGAGGGCUUCACACCUGAAAUGAAGCUGCUCUGUGUGGUGGGCCACGGCCACCUGCCGCAGAGCCCCGUCACCACCCUUCCCGGUGGCCACCCCUCGCCCCACCCCCCCAACUCCAAGGCGCCUUCCCUAACAGAGAGUAAGAAAGGUCUGGGGCUGCUGGCUGCCAAGCCCAAAGGGUACCAUGCCACCUCGCUGCCUGGCACAAAAGGGGCACCUAGGAAAUCCUAGCCAAUGUGGAGUGUUAUUUCCAACAGUAGUUUAAAGUUCAAAGCUAAAGUAGUUUCAGCCAAUCACAGUUAACUUCUUUUUUUUA